UCGGCGAGAAAUAUUCUUUCAAAGGAAUUUUCUUAUUAUUCAAAAAUGUUACUUAAUUAUUUACACAAUAAAUUGGGUAUAGAUGCUGGAACUAAAAAAUAUGCUGAAUGUUUUCAUUUAAUUUCAACUUCAUUUAUUGGAGUAGAAAACUUAAUUUCAUUAAUAACGUAUCAUGAAGCUUUCUAUAAACACCCACCACAACGCCUUGAAAUGCCAAAUUCUCUUAAAGCUAUUUUUUAA